AUGUAUUUGUCCAAGCUUUCUCUUGUCGUCGCAUCUUGGCUGGCGAUAACGGUCGCCGGCAAUGGGUUUGAUCCUGAGAAUUAUGCAAAAGCAGACGUCAUAGUCUCCGAUGUUGUGGUCGUUGGAGGCGGCUCAUCGGGAACUUACGCCGCUAUAAACCUGCGCAAGAUGGGACAGAGAGUAGUGGUUGUGGAAAAAGGGAAACACCUGGGUGGCGACACAAACACUUACACUGAUAAAGCUACCGGUCUCACUGUAGACUAUGGUGUACAGAUGUUCCUGAACAGCUCUAUCACGCGUGAUUAUUUUUCCCACUUCAACAUCUCCCUUGUCAACUACACCAGAUCAAAUAUCACUACGUCGUUGGCGGACUUUAAUACCGGAAAGCCUGUACUCUUCAAGCCCAGUCGAAAUCUCACUGGAUGGGCCGUUCAGCUCGCCCAGUACCCUUGGCUGGACUAUACCUGGAAAAUCCCGCAGCCUGUUUCCCCAGACCUACUGCUACCGCUGGGGGACUUUCUUGUUAAAUAUAACAUGUCCGAUGCUGCUUUUGACCUUUAUCUCAACGCCCAGGGAAUUUCAAAUCCACUGCAGCAAUUGACAGUGAAUGUGAUGAAGAUGGUGGACCCUGCGUAUCUGAGUGAAAUAACAGGCGCCAGUCUUGAUACCGCAGAUAAAAACAACUCUGAGCUAUAUAUUAAGGCUCUUGCUGAGCUGGGAUCAAAUGUGCUCGUAUCUUCGACUGUGAGAGCUGCCUCAAGACCAGGAAAAGGGCAAGGAGUCGUACUAGUCGUCAAGACGCCCACCGGACAAAAGCUCGUUCAAGCAUCCAAACUUCUUAUCUGCAUUCCCCCAACUCUACGGAACAUGAUGCCAUUUCGCUUGAACUCACAGGAGUAUCGCGUCUUUUCACAGUGGACCUAUAUGGGCUACUAUGGCCUAGUACUCAAUAACACUGGCUUGCCUGAAGGUUUCCAAUGGAUCAAUGCAAACGACUCAUCCGCAACGUACCAUAUUCCUCGGCAACCUGGAGCUUCCCAUAUUACGAGUACCCGCAUUCCGGGGGUGUUCUACGUCUGGUACCGCAGCCCAUCACGUAUGCCGCGGUUAGCAGUUGAGAAAUCGACUAUUCAGGCCAUCCAGAACCUGCAGAAGGCGCAUAACCUUACAAUUAAGACUCCCAAAAUUAUCAAAUUCAAAUCUCACGCGCCUUUCAAGCUGAGUGUGUCCGCUCAUGCUAUCAAAAAUGGUUUCUACCGUGAUCUAUAUGCGUUGCAGGGGAACCGUAGCACUUGGUACACUGGUGCUGCAUUAAUCGCUCACAACGAAGAGGUUAUUUGGAAAUUCACGCAGGCGCUAUUGCCCCGGAUUAUUGCAGCUCCAUGA